UGGAGACUCUGAGACUCAAAGAGAGAGAGAGAGAGAGAGUAGCACAGAGCACUGAGAUUCAGAGCUACUGUCCAUCAGAGAGAUCGCACCAUCUGAGGCUGAGUGUGUGUCGCUGCAGGAGAUACACACACACUCAUACACACACACACACAUACACACACACUCACACGCAACAUGUUUGGUAUGAUCAAAAAUUCCUUGUUUGGGACCACCGAGGAAAUAGACUACAAACUACUGAGCACAGAGACCAAGGAUGGCGUGAGUUAUGAUGUGCGUCGCUACGACGCAGCUAAGUACGCCUGCGUGAGCUGCGAGGGGCGGAGCUUCGACCAGGUAGCAGGUGAGCUGGUGCGACGACUGCUCAUGUACGCUGGAGGCAGCAAUGAGGAAGGUGAAGCGAUGGGCACCUCCUUCCCUAUUGUAAUCACAGUGUAUCCACGUGAUGACGGGGUCAUGACCCGCCGCCUGGUCGCCGCCAUGCGGAUCCCCAACAGCUACAGGACAGAGACCCCCACCCCGACAGACAACGGCAUCCGGAUAGAGGAGAGACCGGGAAUGACCGUAUACACACUGCAGUUCAGUGGCUUCGCAGGUGAAACUGAGUACCGGGCUCAGGCGUCCCGACUGACACGGACUCUGGGAGAGACCGCCCCCUACCAGCGCAAACAGUACUUCUGCUGCACCUUCGACCCACCAAUCAAACCCUACAGCCGCCGCAACGAAGUGUGGUUCAUCCAGGACGAACCCUGAGACAAUCACACACACGCACCCACACACACACUUAAGCUGCGUCCAAAAUCACUCCCUGUUACAGAAAUAGUGCACUAUAUAGUGUGUCAGCUAUUUUGUAGUGCAAAAAUUGAGAGUAUAUUUUUCCCCAAUAAACACCCAUAAUGCAUCACAAAAUGUAGUGUACAGAUGAUGUACACUAGAAUUUACCCUGUAUCCCAUGAUGCAGUGCGGUGGUGUUGUGUCAGACGCUCUCAGAGCGGCUUGAUAGUUCCCUAGUUAGUUUACUAUAUAGCCAAUGCUAAAUAGCGAAUAGAGAGUUAAUGAGUGAACCAUUCCGAACACAGCUUUACACUCACACACACACACUUACACACACACACACACACACACACACACACACACACACAAACAUAUUCAUACUCUUUUUUUAUCACCUUACAACCACAAAAAUGUAUUUUACAGUAAUUUCCAUGUCUUGCCACAGAUGCUAAAUAGGAUUUCGGUCAGGACUUUGACUGGGCCAUUCACAACAUAUGAAUAAUCUUUUGGCUCUGGCUUUAUGUUUAGGGUCAUUGUCUUGCUGGAAGGUGAAUCUCCAUCCCAGUCUCAAGUCUUUUGCAGCCUCCUACAGGUUUUCUUUUCAGGAUUGCCCUGUAUUUAACUUCAUCCAUCUUCUCAUCACCACUGACCAGCUUCCCCACAGAAUGAUGCUGCCACCCAGGGGCAGAUUUGGAAGUUCUGGGGCCCUACGCAAUGUUUUUUUUUCCAGGGGCCCUGUUCAAAUGGAUUCUUUUGUACAGCAAAAUGCAAUAUUCAGGGUUCAUACACCUUUUAAAAGUUAAAAUUCAAGCACUUUCAAGGCCCAUUUUCAAGUUUUUCUAGCACCCUUCCGCUGUGGUUAAUUAAUGAUAACAGUGAUAUCUCAAAACUGCGAUUCAGCGAUAAUCAAUAUAUCGCAAAACUAUUCUCCACACUUCACAGCGACUAUAAAAAAAUAUUUCUAAGUAAAUAAAUAGCAGGAAUUAUGGAUUUAUUGGUGUCAGUUUCACACAAUUUAAAUAUCAAUGUCCUUCAUCGCAUGUUUACCCUAUUCAUACCCCCUGAUACCGGGGGCCCCAAACAAUUGCAUGGUUUGCGUGGUGGUAAAAUCCGCCCCUGCCACCACCAUGUUUUACAGUGGGAAUGGUGGGUUGGAUGUGAUACGUCUUAUCUUAUCUUAACACAGCAUCUUCAUCCAUAUGAUUGCUGUUUCCGCUACGCAACUUGUGGCAAAUUAAAAACGCCACUUCUUAUGUCUUUCUUUCGAUAAUGGUUUCCUUCUUGCCACUCUUUCAAAAAGGCUAAAUUUGUGCAUGAAAAAUUUUGCCUUUAUAUCUAAAAAAUAUACAUUUACUGUAUAAGGUGCACUAGAUUAUAAGGAGCAUGAUCAAUAAACAUCUAUUUUCUGGUCUAUUUUCAUACAUAAGGCACACUGGAUCAUAAGGCACAUUUUAAGAGAUAUAACAAACUUCAGCAGGUCUCAUCGCUGGGUGGUGGUAGGAGGGGUAGCAAACUAAGUUAAGUAGGGCUAAGCUAAGUAAACAAAACUAUAAUUAAAAAAGACGUUCUUUUAAAGUCAAACGAGUGCUGGAUAUUAAUCUACACAGAUUUCCCUCCUGAAAACUGUUUAUUUGGGUGAGUAAAAAGCUUCCGUUUAUUUACAGUAAGCUUAAAUUCCCAAAUUUCACUAGGAGCAUUAGCAUUAGCAGCUAACGCCGCCCGACAGUGAGGAACCCUGAGUGUUCCGGUAAGCCAGGGCGAUAUUAGCUAGCGAUUCAUCCCACGUAGCUUGUUUUAACGCUGUAAUUGUGCAGACUACAGGUCGAUAUACUCCCUCUGAAUGACAAAAGAGCUGGUGCGGUUAGCAGCUAAUGCUAAUGCUGCUCCACCAGUGCUAGCCGGGAUUAUUUUUUUAGGCUACAGGCUGAUAAUACUCACCUCUGAACAGCGAAAUAGCGGUUAGCAAUUAAUGAUAAUGCUAAACUGAAUGAUAAACUGAAACUCCUGUAUAACUCUGUACUUUAGCGGAGUUGCUUUACUGCUCCUUAAUACCUGACUGGUAGACACACUGGAUUAUAAGGCACACUGACGAUUUUUGGGAAAAUUAAAGGAUUUUAAAUGCACCUUAUAGUGCGAUAAAUAUGGUGAGUUUGUGGUUGUAGGGUGACAAAAUGUGAAAAAAAAGUUCAAGGAGUAUGAAUACUUUUGCAAGCCACUGCUCUCUUCCAUACAUACACUCACACAAAAUAAAACCCAGGUCCAUUAAGUAAAAGUCAAGCCCAAGGUUUUGGACUCCUGAACAAAAACCUAAUCUGGCCUGGAAUUUUACCUUAACGGAUCUGGAUUGGACACCUCUGACACACACACACACACACACACACACACUUUAUUGAAAAUAUCAUUCCUGUUAUUCCAUCCUCUGGCCCUGGGGUUGGACCGUACAGCUAUAUAUGUCAUAUAAUAUAAUGGACAUGAAUAAUUAAUACCUCAUUACCUUUCUGAGAUCUGACUGUGGUGAGGACUUUAGAUGUGUAGUGUAUAUGAGUUAAAGCUCGAGUUUAGACCCCCUGAUAGUUAGUUGUGAUAGUAUGUAGUGUGUGUGGAGGUGGAUUGAGUGGGCGGAGUUAAUGUUUUAUUAAACUAAAGUGUAUAUGAUUUCCCAAAACUCCUACAACAACAAAAACAAACCCAGCAGGAAAGAUAAAUCAGUUAUUCAUAUUUAAUUAACACAGUUAGUUACCCAAUAUUAUCUGUUAAAUGAAUUCCAUUUUUAAUGUAUUAUUACGUGUAAUAAUAAUUUAAUAUUAUUUUUUUGAGGCUGUAGUGCACAGGUUUGGCCUGUAGGGUUAAUGUGUGUGUGUGUUGUUUAACUGUGUGUUACUUUAGUGUUUAUAUAUUUACCCAUUGAUUGGUUGAUAAUGAACAUUUAUCAGGUUAGUGAUUUGUGUUUGUUUUGUUUCCCCAUUUUGCUGCUGCACUGAUUUAAACUGAUGCACUCAUGUACAUGUGUAUGUGUGAGUGUGUGUGUGUGUGUGUGUGAAUAUUACCUGAGUGGGUUUAUGUCUCUGAAUCAGAGUUGUAUGUUGGAUUGAAUCUGUAAAAUUAAAAAAACUGUCGAGAUUUGUGCUGGAA